UUAUAUCUUGACUUUUGAAUCAUUUGAAAUGUCUUUGAAGAAAAAUGAAGCUACAUCAAUAGUAGACAAGCGACCAUUAGGAUUGUGCGAUUCUACAGAGAAAAUUAAGUCGUCUUCCUUUAAAGGCAAAUGUUCAAAAUCGUGUACGAAGUCUAGAAAAACCAGUUUAAAUGGACUUCAAACAUCAGACAAACCGCAAACGUUGCGUGAAUCAUCUUAUCGUCAAAAGAACUCCGAGACAAAGCCCACAGGGGAAAUGCCACUGUUCGCACAACUGAAAACGAAAAUGAAAGAAACGUCAAGGAAGUUGCAGAGCACCCUGCCAUUUUUUAAAAAGACGACGAAGCGUACCAUGACGAGAGUCAGAUCCUUGUAUGUCGGCUCCAGGGCAAAGCGAGUAUUGGGAUUCAAGUGCGACCUAAAAAAAUGCAACAGUACGUUAAUGGAUUGUAGCGCAGGAGCUUGCAGAAAAAAGAGCAUGAUUUUUAGCGAAUCCAAUCAACCAUGCAGUUCGAAAACGAUCGAUCGUAGCGUCAGUGACACUUCGAUAAAAUCGAGCUCAAGUGAAGGCGUACAGCAGGCAAAUCGACUUUUAUCGCUUUAUAGCGCUUGUAAGCCGCCCGCCAUUCCAAGCUGCACGUGUAAUCUGGAAUGUAAAGAGCUCGUUAUUACGGCGGCACUAUUCACGAUCGGGACUCCCAACUGACAACCAGACUACACGUUGAUAGGCGGAUAUGACCGCGAUAUUUUCUGUGAAGCGAGAGUUAUCGCUUGAUCAAUUCUUUUUUUUUUUCGUACGCUAGAAAAUUUCAAUUAUACCCAACGAAGCACAUAUCUCACCUCCUACCCCUCCUAUUCUUUAUAAAUUCUUGCGCUACUAUCCAACGCUAAAUGAUAAACAAAAAUUAUACAUAUGUUUUAUUAUACCUUGAAAAAAAUCAAAGAAGUGCAUAU